CGGGGCCCGGGAGGGCCUGUGCCUUUGAGGUGUUGGAAGCUCGCGGCGUCGCGCGGAGGGACUGCGCGGAGGCGCGGCCUGCCUCCUUCGCACAGCCCCGCAGCGCGUCCGAGCUGGGCCGAGCCGCCGGGGAGCCGGGCCAGGCCGCCCAGCGGUGCCGCGGCGCACGCUGUAGGAUGAAAACUAGUUCUGGAUAAAAUCAGUUUUCAAAUACCUUUCUCGGCCUCCACUGGUGGCUCCAAAAGUCAUUCCACUUGCUUCCUGGGAAUUUACUGAUUGUCUUUGAAGAAACAUGAAGUCACAUUCUGUUGUUAUGCUUACUCUAGCCAUCUUGGUGUUCCCUGACAUGUCCCCUGUGUCCCUGAGUUGUAACAAAGCACUCUGUGCUAGUGAUGUGAGCAAAUGCCUCAUUCAGGAACUCUGCCAGUGCCGACCUGGGGAAGGAAAUUGUUCCUGCUGCAAGGAAUGUAUGCUGUGUCUUGGGACCCUCUGGGAUGAGUGCUGUGAUUGUGUUGGUAUGUGUAAUCCUCGAAAUUAUAGCGACACGCCUCCCACUUCAAAGAGCACAGUGGAGGAGCUUCAUGAGCCAAUCCCUUCUCUCUUCCGGGCACUCACCGAAGGAGACACUCAGCUGAACUGGAACAUCGUUUCCUUCCCUGUUGCUGAAGAACUUUCACAUCAUGAGAAUCUGGUUUCAUUUUUAGAGACUGUAAACCAGCCACACCACCAAAAUGUGUCUGUUCCCAGCAAUAAUGUUCACGCACCUUAUUCCAGUGACAAAGAACACAUGUGUACAGUGGUUUAUUUUGAUGACUGCAUGUCCAUACAUCAAUGUAAAAUAUCCUGUGAGUCCAUGGGGGCAUCCAAAUAUCGCUGGUUCCAUAACGCCUGCUGCGAGUGUAUUGGUCCAGAAUGUAUUGACUAUGGUAGUAAAACUGUCAAAUGUAUGAACUGCAUGUUUUAAAGAAAACAAAGAAAUGGAAACCAAAGCAAUUGAAUCAAAAAGAAAGGUACGAAAAGCUAUUCACUGAUGUCUGCUGGUUGCAUCAGAAUGCCAGCAGAUUAAGAAGAUGUGAAGAAUUUGGACUGAGUUGCUUUUAAUGUAUGUCAAAUUCAGCAAUGUUUUAAAUUGUGAUAACUGCUCAUAUUGAUUUUACUGUCCACCAGCAAUAAGCCCUUUCUCUUGUUUGUUUCCCAUUAGAAUACUGGGGAUUCUAAUGGGAAACAAACGUAAAAAUACAUGUCAGCUUUGGUCACAUGAGAAGCAAUUGCACAGAGAAUACUUGAAAGAGCUGAGGUUUCUAACAGAAAGCCUGAUGUCAUUUUCUUCUAACAUGCCAAAAACCUUUUGUGUUGGAAGUGUUAGAGCAUGUUAGCAUAAGUUAUGAUUUCUUCAUGUACUGCUAGGACACUGAGUUUUUAUAGUUGUAUGCCAUUCUUUACUGUGCCUUGUUUAUCUGUUCUAUAAAUAGUGUAGAUACUCAAUGCAUUACCCUGAGAAUUCAUUAAAAUCGCCAUAAAAAGCUUAAUUUCAAACCUUUUUAUGUUGGUUUUAGAAAGUAAAUACUUCCUAUGUUUUACAAUUUAAAAUUCUUACAUAGUGGAAUCCAUUCUAUAAUACACAUACUUUAGGGAAGGUUUCUCCUUCUCUUCCAUCCCCCUGCCAAAGUGCUGAUGUAGGUAGUAAUGAAGAAUAUUUAUCAAGAAUUUCAGGGCACACCCAGGAAACCACAGUAAAUAUACUGCUAGAAUAAAUAGUUAGGAAGUUCAAGCAUCUCUCUCACUUAAGGUACCAGCUUGAAGAGCACUAGGAAUGGGAAAUGACUGCCAGGUCAGACUCCGAGAAGAGCAGCAAAGAAACAAUUUGUCCCUUAUACAGAAGGCAAAGAUGAAAGAUGAAGCUGUGCUCAGGCAAAGCCUGAGCCCACUCGGCCUCAGCACACACAGCCACGUUCUGCUAUGGAUGAGUGAUAGGAGGGGCUAGAGAAGAGAACUCACGGGUAUGAAUUGGGAAGGUCGAAAAUACUGGGGAUUCUAACAGGAAACAAACGUAAAACUAUUUACAUUAAUUAUUUUGUUACUUUGUAAUCUUUUUUUAGGUUUAUAUCUAGAUCAAAUGUUUUUAUUAAAUAUCAUACAGUAGGAGGUUAAGAUUUUGAAACAAAAAAAUCUUUGUUCAAGAUAAUAUUAACUUCAAAUACACUACAGAACAUUUGUCAGCUUUUUAUAUAAUGCUUCAAUAAAGAUAAGCUUAGCUGUGCCCUUGCAAUCUUCAAGCAUCUAGAACAUAUUUAUAUUACAGAGACUCUUAACUUUACAAAAUUAUUAAUUUCUCAAAUAGGACACAUUUGAAUUACACAUAAUUUUUUAGGAAUACCUUUGUAUGUCUAAAUAUUUUACUACAUAAAAAUAGAUGAUGCUGUUAGACACUUUGUAUUUGUAUUCAUUAUCUGAACAGUAGUUAGUUACAAGAUCAUAUGUAAUGCUAUGAACUAUCCUCAUAAAGUUGGAAGCCUUAAUACCUUUUCUGCUCUUUCAGAUAACUCUAAUGAAUACUCAAGGUACUUUAGCUUUUUUAUAAAGUUGAAAUUUAGAUAAUGAAUUUAAUAGGAAGACAUUGGGGAUAUCCUUUUCUUACUUGUACCUAGAAUGCCUCUGUUUAAAGUGCCUUGAAAACAUUUUAGCUCCCUUUCUUCAUUAAUACCAAAAAAGGUGAAGGUUUUCUUGGACUUAAGGAAAUUUUAAAGGAAUCUGUAGCCUGUUGAUUCAUUCAACUUUGCAGUUUUUCAAAGUAAUUUUAUAUUUAUCUGUGAAUAGAGGAAUACUUCUGAGUUUAUUAACAACAUGCUUAAAGUUUUCUUAAAUACAGUAACAAACUUUUUAAAACUGCAUUUAUCAUCUUUUUUAGGUCUUCAUCAUUAAAAUUUUAAAUGUACUUUACCUUUUUCCCCUUACAUUGGGAAGAUAAUUUCUUGACCCAUAUUAUGUUUUAACUGAUUUUUCAUAUUCUCUUUCUCCCAAUAGAAAUUAUCCCUAAAUGUAAUGCUUAAUUUUUCUGGAUUAUGAAGGUGUUGAAACACAGAGUUCACCUGAAACAUUCUAUUUCAGGUUUUGAAUAACAAUAUUUUUUUCAAAUUAAAAGUAUAACAUUUGGGAAGCAAGUAGCACCACUAAAAUGUAGACCUUCUAUUACCAUUCUAAGCACAAUUCACUACCAUACAGAAGCCCUGGUAAAAAAUAUUUUUCUUUUAAAUGAAAAAUUAGGUUCUUACCUUUUUUAUGACUAGAUUAAAAAACACUAAAUUUUAAAUCAGUAGGCAUUAUAAAAGCCAUAUAUAAAAGGUUCUUUCCUAUAGUAAAACAUGUCCUUGCUAGCAGGUUUUUCUGCCCCAUCUUCUAAUAACAUCUAAUUAUUACUGAAAUUAUAGUGGCACCAAAUCAAAUGGUAAUUCAAAUAAAGUAAGUCUUUGUUUACAUAGAAUGUUGUAAAGGAGAGGCCUUCAUUUAGAAUACGAUUUCCGAGGUUUCAGAAAACAAAAAUUUAUGAGAUGUUAGACUAUUUGAACAAUUAUUUAUAAAUCACAGUAGCAUUAAAAUGGAGAAUAGAAAUGAAACUUCUGAAAAAUGAGGUAAACAUAUAAAUAAGCCACAUAUUUAAAGUUUGUUUUUAUUAAAGCUUCUUUGAAUAUUUUUAAAUCUAUUCUGCAUUCCCAUGAGCCUCUGUUUGUUGUAUUUUACGUGAUCUACAACAUACAAAAUUACGUACUUUUUCCUUUGGUUGUCCCUAUGAACAAAAAAGUAUUUUAAUAAAAAAUUGAAAUGAG